AUGUUCAGGAGAGUCGUAGCGGCAGUGCCCGCCCAGGCCGGCAGAGUGCUUGCAACGGGUGCCCGACCGAGCAUCGCAUCGCCUAUCCGCACAGCAGCGCCCACAGUAUCAGUAAUGGGAAGGCGUCAGUAUCAUGAAAAAGAUAACGCGCAGCUAACGCCCGCAGCACUGCUCGACCACUACAACCGCCCGCGAAAUGUCGGCUCCAUGUCCAAAACUGACACGGACGUGGGCACAGGACUCGUUGGCGCCCCAGCCUGCGGCGACGUCAUGAAGCUCCAGAUUCGCGUUGACCCCAACAACAACACCAUCAGCGACGUCAAGUUCAAGACGUUCGGGUGCGGUAGUGCGAUUGCGAGCUCGAGCUAUCUGACCGAAUUGGUGAGGGGCAUGACACUCGAGGAUGCGAGCAGAAUCAAGAACACGGAGAUUGCAAAGGAGCUUUGCUUGCCGCCUGUCAAGUUGCAUUGCUCCAUGCUUGCAGAAGACGCCAUCAAAUCCGCCAUUUCGAACUACUACACCAAGAACCCCAACGCACGCGCAACAGACCUCGGAGGCAAGUCGGCGCCGCUGCCAAAGGUGGAGAUUGAGACUGUUUCGGCCGCGGCCGCGUAA